GGCGGGCGUCUGUGCAUGGUGCAUCAGUCCGACUCCCUGCUCGAAUGACGACGGCGCAGCCUCCUCACCCCCACUCAGAUUCGCCACCAUGUCCUCGUCCUGCUCCUCCACUCCUCCAUCUUCAAUCUCUAGCGUUGGGCUUGGCCAAGCAGCCUCUUUCAGCCUAUGUCUUCCGAACAUACAGUGUUCCAAACAUUCCUCGGUGCUCUCGAGGGCGCCGGUUCCGUCCUACUCACCUGCUUUGCCGGCUACAUCGUCGCGCGUCGCGGGCUGCUCGACCAUUCUACUGUCAAGCAAGUAUCCAAGCUCUGCACAACACUCUUCCUCCCAUGUCUCCUCAUCGUGCAGAUGGGUCCCGAGCUAAGCGUAUCCUCGCUCUCCCGGUAUUGGAUAAUACCUCUCUGGGGCCUCAUCUCGACAGCCAUCGCACAUCUCAUCGGCUGGGCCGGCCAGCGUCUCUUGCACCUCAAGCACUGGACCAUCAUCGCAUGCGGCCGCCCCAACUCGAACGCGCUGCCCCUGCUCUUGCUCCAGAGCCUUGAGUCCACCGGCGUGCUCUCCCAGCUCUCAGACGACGGCGACCUCAAGCGUGUUCUGAACCGCGCAAAGUCGCUUCUGCUCCUCAACGCCAUCGUGCAGCAGGUGAUCACGUUCCAGCUCGCGCCCUCUGUCCUCCGGUUGGACGAUGGUCAGCACAAGUCCGAUGCAGGCCCAGGGACGCUGCGUCCAGGACCUGGGAGGAUACUGCCUGUCGCGCAGGACGAGGAGCGCGUGGGGCUCCUGGACGACUCGGAAGACCAGGAGGAAGCGGAUGGAAUUAAUGGGCGCGGGGCACUGCAGCCUAUCCAGGAUAUGCCUGACUACCGCUGGCCGAGACAUCUCGAGUUCGCGAAGAAGCCUUUGCUAACCGUGUGGACCUACAUGAGUCCGCCGCUCAUAGGUGCAAUCAUUGCGCUCAUAUUCGGGCUCAUCCCACCCUUGAGGGAGACGUUCCUCGACGAAGAUGGCACCAUGUUUCCCGCGAUCACACAGAGCGUGAAGAAUCUCGGGGAGCUCUUCGUCGUCCUGCAGACUUUCACCGUCGGUGCAGAGCUCGCGCUCGUGCCCUCCAGCUCGCCGGGCGUCCUCCAGACAGUCUGGGUGCUCUCCAUCCGCUUCCUCGUGAUGCCCGCGCUCAGCGUGCUCUUCGUCUUCCUCACCGCCGGCAAGGGCUGGUACGUCGACGACAGGCUCGUCUGGUUCUUGCUGGUGCUGAUCCCGGCAGGCCCGUCCGCGAUGCUCCUCGUAAACGUGGCGGAACUGGUGGACAUUGAUCAAGGCCCGAUCGCGGGCUGCCUGACGAUUGCGUACCUGCUGUCCCCGCUGAUGGCCCUCGUUUGUUCCAUCGGGCUCGCGGUAGUCGACGCCAAGUCGUGAUCGUUAAAGGGCGUUGUACGCCGUUGGAUCCGAGUUAGGCACUGUGGCAGCUUGGUGGAAGCAAUCGUUCAUUGAGCAUACUCAACUUAUGGGGCAUUGCUCUCCCGAGGUAACUUAAUGACUGUAUGACUGUGUCGCGUACGUCGAUGUACAUAUACCGGACGGUCUGGGUCGUGGAUGUGUUUGUUGUCGUGCUACUUCCUGUAUCUUUCUCGAUGGAUCCUCUCUGUAAUCCGAUGUCUGGUGCGCUAAGAGCGAACCUUUACCCUAC